GCAGGUGCUUCAUCAUUUGUUUUACAGUCAUCUUUUUAGUCCUGACUUUACUGGCAAAAUUUAACGGUUUGGAAAAGAAAUCUUUAGACCCAUGCUCUUUAUCACAUAUUUACUGCUUGAAAUGCUGAAGUGUGUGUGUAUUUGUGCACGUAUGCUCUAAUGCUGGUGUGUGUGUGUGCACAGUGUUGUACAUGUGUGUGUGUGUGUCACUGCUGAAUGUAAACACACACUAAGACUUCCUCUCUGAGGACCAGACUGAGGGGAGAUUUAGUGUGAGAGAGGGAAGUGGAAAAGAGUGAAGACUGAAAAUGAUGCUAAAAGGAGGAGAAAGAGGACAAGAGAAGAAAAGGACAGAUACACUGACGGAGGCAGAAAGGUCUGAGGACGUUUGAAAAAUCUGGAGAGAAAUCAACAACCUGAGUAACCGCAGACCACCGGACAAAUGACAGAAAUGGCAAAGACAUCUACUGAUGGACAGAUCUGAAGAAGAGUGUUGAUUAUUGGAGCUGACUGAUAUGAUUGGAGAUUCAAAGAGAAGAGAAAAUGACAGACACACUAAGAGAGAGAUGAAAUUCUACCUGAAAAGCUGAACUAUCAAGACAGAAAAGUGUGCAAAGGUCACCUAAAACUGAAGCAUCUUUGGACAGCGAUGAAGGGUGUUUGGAAUAAGACUUGAGGACGCAGAUUGCUUGAGGUCAGAGUUGCUUGUUUGACUUCUCAACAGGAUUCUGCUUCAUCAGUGAUCCACCAUCAUCCUCUCAAUCCUCAUCAGCAUCAUUAUCGCGGCUCUUCAGUGGCACAUCACUACUAUGAUGAACUUCAACAGCACCGAGUCCUGGCUCUUCAUCAACACGUCCUUCCCCCUCCUGCCUGUAGUAUCUGGUCCAGCUAACACAAGUGGGAUGGAAGCAUAUCUCCAGAGGCUGGCGCAUUUAGACGAGGGUCUCUACAACGACUUCUAUGGCCUGUGGAUCGCUCUCAUGGUCAUAAACUCUCUCAUUUUCCUGGUGGGCAUGGUGCUUAAUACAGUAGCACUUUAUGUUUUCUGUUUCCGCACCAAGCAAAAGACCACCUCGGUGAUCUACACCAUCAACCUGGCGGUGACGGACCUCCUGGUCAGUCUGUCUCUUCCGACUCGCAUCCUGCUCUACUACAGCGGAGGAACUUGCCUCACCUGCUCCUACCUGCACAUCUUCAGCUACUUCGUCAACAUGUACUGCAGCAUUUUGUUUCUAACCUGCAUAUGCGUCGACCGCUACCUCGCCAUAGUGCAGGUUGAAGCCUCCCGGCGUUGGAGGAACUCCAGUGUGGCCAAAUGUGUUUGCAUCUCCGUCUGGCUGUUUGCCAUCGUGGUCACCUACUCGUUUCUCUCCACUGCCUUCCAGCAUACAGGCUGCUGCCUCUCCAAGCUCCUCUUUCUCACCAUCACUGAGUUCUUUCUACCACUUGUCAUCAUUGUGGUCUUCACGUUGCGCAUCAUGUGGGCUCUGGCCGACCCGCGUCUGAUGCAGCAGAGCAGGGAGAGGAGGAGAAGAGCUGUACAGCUGCUGACCACUGUACUGAUCAUUUUCACUGUCUGCUUCACACCUUUCCAUGUCAGACAGGUGGUUGUGUACUUCUACCCUGAAAUGCCUCAUCAUGUGAUAGUUUACCACUUAACCGUCACCCUCAGCAGUUUGAACAGCUGCAUGGACCCUGUCGUCUACUGCUUCGUCACAAAUAAUUUCCAGGCCACCAUGAGGCAUCUUUUCCGUCGAGCAGAGCCCGAGCAGACCAGCGGAGACAUCGUUAGCAUGCAGCACAGCUCCAAGGCCUCGGGAGGGACAGUCAACGCCAUCACUAAUAAUGUGAUCAUGAUGACCAAGAUUCCCAGUGCGCUGCAGAGAGACAAUCACUCACUGUAAACCCAGUUUUACGAGAGCUGCAUGGAACUAAAAGUUACAGAUUCCUGGACUCUGCAACAUGCUGACCGGUGACAACAGCAUCAUUGUGUAAUGGCUCAGGGUUGACCCUCAGUGCUGCCAUUUUUUAAAUAAUGAGCAUCAACCAACACAACAAGUAACUUUUAGAAACUACUUGAAUAAACCACAACAUUGACAAGAGACACAUUUUGUGUGCAACCAAACUUUCCAUUGAUACCAAGAAACACAGCCAGUACUUUGAACCUGUGACUUUUCAUGUUACUUGUAGGACAAAUGUAAAAAAUGCCUCAAAGUGCCUAAAACACAGUGAGACCUUAUUUACAGCGUACGAUAUGAAUUAAAUGUCAAAUAAUUCAAAAUAGUGUCACCUCUCAAUAAAUACCUCACUUUUAAUUUGACAAGUAGAAUAUUUCCUCUUAUAAACAAUCAAAAACAAAACACUUGUAGACUAUACUGAAAAUACAGGUCCCAAAGGAGAAAACACGAUGCAACAAAAGUGAAUGCACUAAAACAAUACUAAAUAUAUCUGUGAUUUCCAAUUAGCACCAGAACAUUUUCAGUUUUAGACCUAUUGGCUGCAUCUAUCUGUAUGUCCACAUCAUGGCUCCACAUGGAAAACACUUUCCAGAAAAAGUUGAUUGUGAGACGUGACAAGGAUGGAAAAGGAUGAGGAACAUGAUGAAGAGCCCCAAGCAUCAACCUGACCUCCGUAGAAAAUCAGUGGAAAAACCAAAAUACUCACCGACAAGAUGACUUCCAGUCUGGAGAAGCUUGGAGAAGAGGAAUGUUCCAGCAUGAGAAUCAUCCAAAGAACACUGAAGUGUUAUUAGCAGGAAGUUCAACACCUUCAGCACUCCAAACUGAAGGACAAAGAGAUGUUUUAUUCAGAACUGCAACUUAAAAUAAAGUAUGCAGUACAAUGUGUUUGAAUCAUGACCACUUUUUUGCAGCAGAGGGCAACAUUGCACUUCAUUUUUAAGGUCAUUGUUGCAUUGAAACACCAAGUGACAUGUUUGCUUAUGAGGAAACUGCUUGGAUGAGUGAAAGCUGCUGUUAUGUGAAUGUUUGGAAAGGGGUUAGAAAAUUUUCUAUCGACACGAGGUGAUUUGUGUUGUUUAAUAAGAAUUUUUUUUUUGUUUCAUCUGCAAUUCUCAGAACCUGUUUUUGCAGCUUUGUAGGUGAAAAAAAGAUGUUUCUUUAAAUGUAUAAUAGUGACAUUUAGCUGAAAAAUAAAACAGAUGUUUAAGUGAGAGCUGGAGAAAAGAAUGAUUUCCUUUGUCUUGUCAUGUAGACGAACAUUCUGGGAAAGGAGAGUGGAACUCCUUGUGCUAUUUCAUGAUGUUUUGUACUGUAGACCUUGGAAACACUUUGUGUUAUUUUACAGCCUCUGAUUAUCUUGUCACCAGCUACAGUGUGCAACACAACACAAUGUUUUAUCAUCUUUAAUCACUUGUUUACGUCAUUUCCAGCCAGAAGAAAAAGUAUAAAACAAAAUUUGGCAUUUGUCUGAGUAAUGUUGGGCUACACUGUGUAAGUUUCACAGAACAAGAUACAGAAACUGUGACAGUGCUGUAUAAAAACUCCAAUUAUGUAACAGAGGUUGUAGCAUAUCAACAUCCACCUUGAAUUUUAACUGGCUAAACAACUACUGCAUCUCAAUUUAUAGUGUGUUAUAACACUGCAGGACAUGGCAGAAAUUACCAGGAACAUUUCGAGCAGCAUAGAAGCUCUCCUCAUGUGUGACAAUUUCAACAGGUAUGAACAACUUUUAACCUGAUAUUUUUGGCUAAAAUCCAAAAAGAAUGCAAAGAAAUGGUUGAAAAACCAUCAUAAACAUUUCUAACACCAAAUCU